GAGAUCCCAGGAGAAAUGCUUAGCCCAUUGCAUUUUAAAAGAAAAAACACAGAAGAAGGGUGCAGUGGCCCUGAAGGGGUAUGGAGGUCCUUGAGCUCUUGAACUGAAACAGUAACAGCUUAGUUAAGAAUAUAUGUACUGAAAUACUAUUGUUUCAUUGGGAGAACAUCCGGUCCUUAGGUGCAUACAAAAAGAUCAUCUCCUUAUACAGCAAUACCCAAUAUAUCCAAUUAUAACUAUUAUAACAAAAAAUAACUAAAUAAAUGUAAACAGAUGUUAUUUUAUAUUUGAAUAUUAUGCUGUGUACCAACAGAGAACAAAUAGCAUUUAAAUCUGUUUCUUUUAGGUAAGAUAUAUGUAUGAAAUAGUGUUAUGUAAAAUAUGUAUGUAAAAUAUGCAUAAGUAGCAGUAUUUGUGCAGGCAUGUAUGUAUUUGAAGUAUAGCAGUAGUGAUGGAGCCUGAACGCCCCGGAGCGCAGCUGUUCUUCCUGUGCAUCGUCAACUUCACUAUGAACCACAACACACUCAGUCUCUUUCUCUAAGCGCCUCUCCACUUUACCAUGUCUUCACCUCCUGCCCUCUCCAGAACAAGCCUCUUUAUUUCAGUCAUUUGUCUGUGCGUUUGCACUGGUUGAACUGAACGGUUUUGCUGUGUCCAUAUGACCCACUCAGACUAACAGCCCCUAUGUUUCUGGUACAUCUCAUGGCUACAGUUGAAGGUGGGGCCAGUGACAGACAUCUCCCAGAGAAGGGCAAACUCUGUGUCAUCAGAAUGAGCACAGAGCAGUUUAAGGAAAUGGAGUGAUAAGAGCAGAGGGGAAGAGGCAGCAGCCCGGAGCAGACACUGGCAUUAAAGCAACACUUCACCAUUAUAACAAGUGUGGUAUGCAGAUGAAGAUGAUAUUAUUGUUGAGUUCAUUUGUUUUUCACAUUCUGAGCACAGAUGUGGGCCUGGUCUAAGUGUACAUCUGGGACUACUUGUGCGUGUGCUUGUGAUGAUUGUAUGUGUAAGUGGUAGCAGCUAACAAUGCCGUCUAAUUAUGAGCUACACCUGCUUUGACUAUGCUGAAUCACACAUGUCUGAGUUAUAUUAAGGCUUUAUACCACAAGUGGCUAUUUUGCUCCUCUUUUCAGCCAUAAAUCUUAAAAAUAGCAACAUUCAUGCUCUCCAAAUGUAUUUUCCCUCCAGGAAAUGUGUGGUUCAGGGUGCCUGAUAUUGGCUGUGCACCAUCACAUGGCCCUGUGUUCGUUGGUUUCUAUUGGUUAGCACCUGUGGGUCUAUGUGAAGUAGAGUUUUUCUGACAGGAGCCGGAGCCCAUAGGAGCUGCUCCAGAGCAUGAGAAGGACAGUGGUAGAACAAGAGAGACUGCUCAAGAGAAGCACAGAUUUAUGAAGGCUAAGGGCUCCAGAGGAACAGAGGGACAGACAGGUCCAGAGGUAAAAUCAUUUUAGUCAAUGGACAAGAAAAUAAUAUAUGUUGAAAUAUCAAAAAUAUCUUUAUCUAUCUAUUUAUUUAAGACAAAAAUUCAAGAUUUAGACAAUUCUAUAUACUAUACAGAAAAAAGAAAUUACUAAAUAAAUCUUAACUACUAUAAAAUAAAUAAAAUAUUAUAUUGUAUAAUAUAGUGUAAUAUUAUUAUUAUGUAUUAUAUAGAUCUUGAUAAUUUCUUAGCAGUUUAGAACCCUUUACUCUAUAAAUAUUACUAAGGAUUUUUGGAUGUAGCCUAUUGUGUUGCAAGUAGUGGCAGUUAAUUUAUUGAAAAAGAGUACCCUCUGUUGGCCAAUGUGUAAAAUACAGUUCACAGUUAGGGCUAGCUAAUUAGUAUACAGGAUUAAAUACACACUAAAAUCUUUUUUUUUUUUUUUUUUUUUUUUUUUUUUGCAAGCAUGUUUUUGUGCACUGACAGUUCAAAUUAUGAAUUAUUAAAUUUUAUUCUUUAUUAUAUGUUGGUCUUAACUUUUAGUAUUUUUAUUUGGCAUAUUUUACUAAAAAUACGUACUAGACCUCAGCAUCCGUUUAUUGUGUAGUUGUGAAAGAUUUUAAGUAAAAUUAUGUAAUUUACUUUAUAUGCUUUUUAUCUUAAAUGUCUGAAAUCAGAGAUGAUCCUCUAGAUGGCAGAAAAGACCCAUCAAUCUGCACCUCGUCUUUGCUUUUAAGGUUUCUUGGAGCAUCAGAUUUAAUGUUUAUUUGAUAUAUGUUAUUAAACAAUGAUUAGAUUUUAAUAUAACUUCAAGAUAAUAGCAUAUAACAAUGUAUAAAAACAUGCUAUGCAUUCAAAAUAAAUACAUGAUUGCCUGUAUGAGGUUUAGGGCUUAAAAGGAAAGAACACGUUGUCCCCAAAGCAGACAUGUCACGCUCACUGAACAUCAUUGAACAAGAAAAACAUCCAACUGAGAAACAGCAGAAAUGUCUUUUACCAAAGAAUGCAAUGCAUUACAAUGCCAAGAAUGCACUUUUUAGAAAAUAUAAAGCAAUUACAUUCAAUUCAGUUUAAUUAAUAGAUUGAUUCAUAAUUAUGGGAUAUGAUUAGAUAAUAAGAGAAAAUACACUGUCAUAUACAAAUAUCAUAUUAACAGUUAGAUUGGUUUAUACUAAGAGAAUUUUAAAAUUACAGCAUUCAUCAAGAUGUAAUCUCAAAAGAAGAAAUGUUUAGUAUUGUAAUUCAUAAAAAAUAUAGUAAUGUAAGUUCAUAAAGUCUGUAAACAAAACAACAAAAAGACUGACUGGAUUAAGAACAGGAGGAACAAAUUUGGUAAGGCUGAUGAAAAUGUUGUGCGCUUGAAUAACAAUGCAUUCUGCAUACCAAAUGUGAUGUAUGUAUUCAGACAGUUGCCCUGAGUCCCCACGCCCCCCUCCCCUUGAAUGUCAUACACCCAGGUUCACCACUCUGACACACCUCCACCAUCCCACUCCAACGCAGCCAAUGGCAUGAGCUGCCUCCAUCCUGAAGGGUCACACCCAACCAGCAUCAGCCAACCUCUGCCCCGCCCCAUCUCUGUUGGUCUGGCUGUGGAUAAGUCACACUCUCUCUCUUUCACCAUCUCUGCAUCACCUAGUCAUUAUAAACAGUGUUGUGUGCCAUUAUUAUUUAACUUUUUUCAUACAGUGGGACACAGUGGGACUUGAUCUAACUUACAUCAUGGAAGAUUACCACAAACCAGACCAGCAGACCAUCCAGGUGCUCAGGAACAUUGCCAACCGUCUCCGCAUCAACUGCAUCAAGGCAACGACUGCAGCUGGCCAUGGACACCCCACGUCGUGCUGCAGUGUGGCCGAGAUCAUGUCUGUGCUGUUCUUCCACACCAUGAGGUACCGCCCUGAAGACCCCCGCCACUACAAUAAUGACCGCUUCCUCCUGUCCAAGGGCCAUGCUGCUCCGGCCCUGUACUCCAUGUGGGUGGAGACUGGCUUCCUCAAGGAGAGUGAGAUGUUCAGCUUAUGCCAAGCUGACUCCUCUCAUGAGAGCCCCACUAUGCAUAAGCAGCAUUUUGUGGAGGUAGCUCACGGCUUCCUAGGCCAAGGCCUCGGUGUGGCCUGUGGAAUGGCCUACACUGGAAAAUACUUUGACAAAUCCAGUUACCGCGUGUUUUGUCUGAUGGGAGAUGGGGAGAUGUCCGAGGGCUCUGUGUGGGAGGCCAUGUCAUUCGCUUCUUACUACCAUCUCGACAACCUGGUGGCCAUCUUGGACAUCAACCGCUUGUGCCAGAGCGACACCGCCCCUCUCCAGCAUCAUGUGGACAAAUACUACAAACGUUUUGAAGCUUUCGGGUGGCAUGCUAUCAUAGUUGAUGGACACAGUGUAGAGGAGCUGUGUAAAGCUCUGAGUCAGCCCCGUCAUCAACCCACUGCUAUUAUCGCUAAAACUGUCAAGGGCAAAGGCAUCCCAGCUGCUGAAGAUAAGCAAGGCUGGCAUGCCAAGUCCCUGCCCAAAGAUAUGGCCGAGAUGGUGGUAAAGGAUUGGCAGAGUCGCAUCACAAACACCAGUAAGCACCUGUAUCCAUCCGCACCCAUCGAGGACUCUCCCCCUGUCAGCCUGAGGAACAUCAGAAUGCCCAGCACACCCAGCUACAAGGCCGGAGAAAAGAUUUCCACUCGAAAGGCGUAUGGGAUGGCUCUGGCAAAGUUGGGCCGCUACUAUGAACGUGUGGUAGCUCUGGAUGGAGACACCAACAACCUCACCUACUCAGAGAUCUUCAAGAAUGAACAUCCAAAUCGCUUUGUGGAGUGUUAUGUAGCCCAACAAAACCUGGUCAGUGUUGCAGUGGGCUGUGCUGCCCGUGACAGAAACCUCGUGUUUGCUAGUACUCUCUCCACCUUCUUCACCCGGGCCCACGAUCAGCUGCGAAUGGCUGCCAUGUGCGAGAGCAACAUUAAGUUGUGUGGCUCCCACUGUGGCCUCUCCAGUGGUGAGGAGGGACCAUCUCUCAUGGGGCUGGAGGAUUUUGCCAUGUUCAGGGCUCUUCCCUCUUCAACGGUCUUCUACCCGAGUGAUGGAGUGACCACAGAGAAGGCCCUGGACCUUGCUGCCACAACAAAGGGUUUGUGUUACAUCCGAACCAGUCGCCAUGACUGCCCCAUUAUCUACAAUAGUAAUGAGGACUUCCAUGUUGGACAAGCAAAGGUGGUGUACCAGAGCAAAGAUGACCAGGUAACGGUGGUAGCGGCAGGGAUGUUGAUCCAUGAGGCUUUGGCUGCAGCUGAGCUUCUAAAAAAAGAGAGGAUCUCUAUUAGGAUUAUUGACCCAUUUACCAUCAAACCGCUGGAUUACAAAACCAUCAUCGAUCACUGCCGCGCCACAAGAGGACGAGUGCUGACUGUGGAGGACCACUACUAUGAAGGUGGUCUGGGUGAAGCCUUGAGCUCUGUGAUGGUUAACGAACAGAGCUUUAACCUGCAUUGUCUGGCUGUCUCUCACAUUCCCCGAAGCGGAAAACCUCAUGAGCUGCUCAAAAUCUACGGCAUCGACCGCGAUGCCAUUGCCCAGGCUGUACGCAAACUCAUGAGCAGCUCCACCAAUGCCAAGUAAUUCUGAGGAACAUGGCCUGUGUUUAGCAUUGCCAAACACAGAUUUUUUUUGCUUCUCUUUUUGUCACUGUGAAUGUCCCCAGGUCUGUAAUCAUGUUAUGUGAUUUUGUGAUGUAGAGUUCAUUAAAUGCAUCUUUUACACUUCUCACAAAUUGCAAUAAAAAAAUAACUUUGUCCAAUCAAAAACAAAUCAUAAAUCAAAGAACAACAAUAACUAACCUGGCCAAUAGUUGCUGACUGGUGCUACAUGACAUUCUGAUGGUACUGUGUGUUUUUAAAGCCUUUUUACUAAGUGGGACUUUUUGUAUUGUAUUGUGGUGGUUGACGAGUAUAUACUAAUGAGGCAUAACAUUAUGUGGUGUCUGCCAUCAGAAAGUUAUGAUGGCUAGAAAUGGAUUUGUUACAUCUUUGUUCCUGGUCUACUAUAGUUAAUGCAAAGUGAACUAAGGAAUCAACUGUUGUUAAUGGAUCAUAGUGUUAAAUCUGAUUAGUGUAACAUUGCAUUGUGCAGGUUUGAUAGAUGUCAGUAAGAGAUAGUAAUGGUUAAAUGAGUAGCUGUAGGUUGACCCUAUAAAGAAACUUCCCUUCUUCAGUUUUGGUUAAAUUACAUUUAUUACAUUUGAGUUGCAGAUCUGUUCAGUUGUCAACUGAGGUCAGAUUUUUACUAUUGGACUAAUUAUUUCAAAGAUUUCAGUAAACUGCAUUGAACAUUUGCUGUUACCAACACUUUUUUGUUACUUGAAGAUUUGUAUGUGUACCUCAUUCUAAUUUAAUAAACCUUUGAGUAUUUAA